GAGAGGGAGGCGGGGUCCGAGAGCUCAGCUCGCGCCCCCAGCGCGCCAGUCCCGGGGCUGCAGGGAGCGCAGCGCGCGCCGCCCGGGCCCCGGCCACCGGACGCCCUACCGGACACGACCCUCCCUGGAGCUUGGACAACCGCCUCCCACGGGCACUGCACGGGCACUGCCCCCCACAGGGCCGGACACUACAACGGACACUACUUCCCAGCUCCGGACAUUGCUCCUUGCUCCCUUCCCCCGGCCCUUGACGCUUUCCCCUCCCUCUGCCGGGGCCCAGACAUUGAGCCCCCAGCCGGCUCUGGCGAUCGUCCUCUUGCACCCCAGCGCUGGACACGGCUUCCUCCCGGUCCCCUUCUCUCCUCUUCUCGCGCCUCAUCUCUACCCGGUUCGGGUCCGAGCACCGAGCACCUCCAGUUUCUCCGAUCCCCCGCUGCUCGGGCGACGCUGCCCGCGCCCCCAUUCCCCGACUGCUCGCCCGGAUGCCUCUCCCCGGGGGAUUGUGGUGGCUCCUCUGCUGCCGUCGAGGCUUCACGCUUCUGCACCGGGACUACGGGGACGGCGAGCUUAGCGGGGACGGGGACGAGGACGAAGACGAUGAGACCUUUGAGCUACGGACCCCAAGUCCAGCGGGCGGCCGGAGGGGUUCCCUGGAUGUUACGCUGACUCAGCCCACAAGGAGCGGGCCGGUCUCAGACAGGCUGCAGAGCUGGGAAGAGACCUGGAGCCUCAUCCCAGACAAGGGACUGCCGGAGGACGAUCCUGACGUCGUUGUAAAAGGUUGGCUGUAUAGGGAGCCCCGCGGGGGAGGGGCGCGGCCAUGGCUGCUUCCGCGCCGAGCCUGGUUUGUGCUCACCAGAGAGUCCCUGGAUCAGUUCAGCAGCAGCGGGAAAGGGGCAAAGCGCCUCGGAAGCCUGGUCCUCACGAGCCUGUGUUCGGUGACUGGGCCAGAGCGCAGGCCCAAGGAGACUGGUCUGUGGUCAGUCACUGUGUCUGGCCGGAAACACAGCAUCCGCCUCUGCUCUCCACGCCAGGCAGAGGCAGAGCGCUGGGGGGUUGCACUUCGUGAAGUGAUUGCUUCCAAGGCCCCACUGGAGACCCCUACCCAACUACUGCUCAGGGACAUACAGGAGAGUUGUGGGGACCCAGAGGCAGUGGCCCUCAUCUACCGGCGGAACCCUAUUCUGAGGCACACCAGCAAUGCCUUGUAUGCCCCACUCCUGCCCCUGCCCUAUGGAGUCAGCGCUCCAGGUCCAGGCUACGCACCCUUGCGAGAGGAGGCGGUGCGGCUGUUCCUGGCACUGCAGGCCCUGGAGGGGGCGCGGCGCCCUGGGCCCCUGAUGCAGGGCGUGCUCCAGACCUGCCGGGACCUGCCUGCACUCCAGGACGAACUUUUCCUGCAGCUGGCUAAGCAGACCUCAGGUCCUGCUGGUCCCCCUGGGCUCCCUGCGACUCAAGAUCCUGCAACCCUGCGGUACUGGCAGCUCCUCACUUGUAUGAGCUGCACCUUCCGGCCUGGAGGAGCUGUUCGAGGGCACCUCCUGGGGCAUUUGGAGAGGACGGAGCAGGCACUCCCGGACUCAGAACUGGCGGAAUAUGCGCGCUUCAUCCGGAAAGCUCUGGGCCGGACUCGGGGCCGAGAGCUGGUGCCUUCACUAGCGGAGAUUUCCGCGCUGAGUAGACGGCAGGAGCUGUUGUGCACCGUGCACUGUCCUGGAGCUGGAGCAUGUCCGGUGGCCAUCGACUCCCACACUACAGCGGGAGAGUUGGCUCGAGAGUUGGUGGGGAGGCUGGGUUUGGCUCGGAGCCGGAACGCGUUCGCCUUGUAUGAGCAGCGAGGGGCCCAGGAGCGUGCCCUGGCUGGGGGGACCCUCGUGGCCGACGUACUCACCAGGUUUGAGAAUUUGACCUCAGAGGAAGCUGGACUGGAGGACUCGCCCGAUUCUGGGUGGAGACUGUGCCUUCGUCUUCACGGACCUCUGCACCCAGAAGGGCUAUCGCCAGAUGGUCACGAAUUACCUUUCCUCUUUGAGCAGGCUCAUGCUCUGCUGCUGCGCGGCCGGCCGCCCCCGCCGGAUGACACGCUGCGCGCCCUGGCGGCGCUGCGCCUGCAGAGUUUGUACCGGGACUUUUCCCCGCGGGGGCCCCUGCCACGUCUGGACCGCCUGCUGCCGCCCCCCACCCCGCCGCGCGAACAACCGCAGCGCCCUACCCCGAGGCCACAGCCCGCCGCCGCCCUGCUGGCCGGGGCGCUUUGGAGCCCAGGCCUGGCCAAGAGGCGGGCGGAGCGUGCCCGGCGUGGUUGUACCGGCUGCUCGACGGGAAGCACAGCCCAGGUGGGAGGAGGCGGCACCAGCACGACAACCGCGGUGUUGGGCGGCUGGAAGAGGCUACGGGGCAUGGGCCAAGCUGAGGCUAUGGCUGCCUACCUGGCUCUGGCGGCGCAGUGUCCGGGGUUCGGCGCUGCUCGGUAUGACGUUCUGGAGCUGAGCACGGAGCCUGGUGGAGGUGCUCCACAGAAGCUAUGCCUGGGUCUGGGAGCAAAGGCCAUGUCCCUCUGCAGGCCUGGUGAGACAGAACCCAUCCACAGUGUCAGCUAUGGUCAUGUGGCCGCCUGCCAGCUAAUAGGCCCCCACACCUUAUCCCUGAGGGUGGGUGACAGCCAGCUCCUCCUGCAGAGUCCUCAGGUGGAAGAGAUCUUCCAGCUGGUGAAUGCCUACUUGGCCCACCCCUCCCCUGAGAGGUCCUGCAGCAGCUCUGUACCGCCAUGCCAAGACCUGCCAGACACUUCGCCUCCCAGCCAGCACCAAGGUCUGGAAGAGCCCCAGGGACAGUCUGGCUGCCUCGGGCAGCUGCAGGACUAGGUCUGCCAAGAGGUCACGACUUUCCUUUUGCCUACAGCCUGAGCUGGGAGUGCUCUGAGAUUUGAGGAAACCAUGGACCUCCACUUUUUUGGCCCUGCAGGGACAGGGCGCACCCACACUCCAGGGCUGCAAUGGGUGUGGACAGUUUUCUAGUUUGUUUCUUAAUUUAUUUGUAGAAGAAAAAAAAAUCCUAUUUACACAAAGCCUUCCUGUGGGAGUGUUGUCGGUGGGACAAGCUGAGUUCCAUGGCUCGCGCCCCGCCCCCGCCCAACUCCCCCCCACCCCCCCACCCUGUGAACACCCACACACUGGGCUUUUACCAGGCACUGAGGGGAGUCUGACGACCACAGAGCUCCACCCUCCUUGACCUUCUGGAUUAGACCUCCUCUUGGCCAGUGUGCCAUCAUAGGAUGGCGGGCGGAGCAGGCAAGAAGGCAAUACUGGAAGCUGGCAAUUACUCACCCUCUGCUCUCCAUCCGAGUGGUGUAGGGGUAGCCUCCUGUCAUCCCUGGGCUGGAGGGCAGUGAGUCAUCAAGACUGGCACUACGCAGGUCCUACCUUGGUGUUCAGUGCCUGGGCCCUAUUUGGGUACAUGUUUGGUUUACCCCAUGCUUUCAGAAUGAAAUGGAAAGGUGCCUAGAGCAGCAUGCAGAUAUAAAAAUGC